GAAGAUGAAGGUUACAGAAGCGAACGAGUGAGGCGGGGUUAAGUCACUGUUUCGACACACGGCGGAGUGAAACAGCGCAGUUUUAGGGCUGAAUGUCAGGAUCUUCCCACGGCGUUUUGGCAAGGCUGACUGUGAGGACAUGGACCCCCGUAUCUUUGCACUCCUGCUGCUGUGUGCCAGUAGGCAAGCCCUGACCGUCUGGGGGGUAACAGACUUCUCGACCCCCCCUGACACCACACCUGUCCCCACGGACGAGCACGGCGUGGAAUGUGGCAGCCGGCGCUUUGGCCAGGGGGCCAAGCGAGCCGUGGGGGCCGCGGUGACAAAGCUGGGGCUGCAGCUGCUGGAGAAGAUGGAGAUUGGGCCAGAGCAGCCCAAUGUCAUCCUGUCGCCGCUCAGCAUCUCCCUGGCUCUGUCCCAGCUGGCCUUGGGGGCGAGAAAUGAGACUGAGGCACUGUUGCUGGCCUCACUGCAUGCCCAGGACCUCCCCUGCUAUCACUGGGCCUUACGGGAACUCGUCCAACACCUGAGUGGCCACGCCCUGCAAGUGGCGUCGCGCAUGUACCUGAAGCCAGGAUUUGAGCUUAAGCAGGACUUUGUGGAUGAGUCCCUGCGCAUUUACUCGUCUGAACCCGCGCCACUGGUGGGUCUGGAGGAGGUGAACCAGUGGGUGGAGAACGCCACCCAGGGCCGCGUGACUCGUUUCCUGUCCAGCCUGCCGGUCAAUGUUGUCCUGAUGCUGGUCAACGCCGUCCAUUUCAAGGGAGAAUGGCAGGCACGCUUCGAUCCCCAAUUAACCUCCCGCGACCUCUUCUACAUCGACAGCAAGAACAUGGUGCAUGUCGACAUGAUGCUGGGCCCAAAGUACCCACUGAGCGUGUUGAUGGACAAAGAGCUGGGUGCUCAGGUGGCCCGCUUCCCAUUCAAAGAAGAGAUGAGCUUAUUGGUGGUCAUGCCCAUGUCGGAGGAGCUCAAUGUUUCAGCCAUGGCGGCACGCCUCGACCCCGCUGACCUCUACGACCGCCUGCCCCGCGAGACAAGUAUGCGGGUAAAACUACCCAAAUUCAGGCUGGAGGACACCCAGGACCUCCAGGAGGCUCUCACCAGCAUGGGUAUGGCUCAGCUCUUCGUGGCGCCGGACCUGUCAGGCAUCGCCGACGGCUUCCUGCAGGUGUCUAGCGUGCAACACAAGUCCAGCAUAGAGCUGCAUGAGGACGGGGCCGAGGCGGCCGCCGCCACCGCCGUCAUAGUCUCCCGCUCCAACCCCACCUUCGCUGUCAACCAGCCGUUCUUCUUCGCCCUCAUGGACGACACUACACGCACACCCCUCUUCCUGGGCGUGGUGACCAACCCCAACCCUGGGGCCGACGCUGUCACCAUGCAGGGCGACCGCCCUGAAAACGUAACCUUUCCUCACGACAAUGAAUUUGAUGGCAUACAGUUCAGCCCGCCCAAAGAAAACUGACUGCCGAGAAGUCGGAGAGAGAGAGAGAGAGAGAGCACGCAAUUAACCUGACGAUGUGCUACCCUCCUUUAGCCAGCAGGGGGAGCACAAGACAGACACAAAUAUACCAUCGAUGGUUUUCUAACGUCAAAAUCCGGUCUGAGUGAAAUAUGGAUUCUAGGGGCCCCUCUUUACCUUUUAGACAAUCAGUCCUGUGCUACUUAAUUAUAUUUAAUUAAUAUUAACCAUUUUACUGUUUAAUUUCUUCACUGUACUGAAAUUUUGGGGAAAUGCAUUUGAAAUGAAUUAGUGCAGUUCUCUGACUGUCGGUCAGAGUAACACUGCUGUUGGGAAUAGCUGUAGAAUUUUUAAUAUGUCUCUUGUAAAAAAAUAAGUUUCACUUUGAGGAUAGUUUGACUUAGUAUUUGAUUUCUAGAGUGCUUCGGCGAAUCCCAUGAAAACACACACACACAGCAACAUAAAAAAUUACACCACCAUACUUGUACGUGUUAAAUGACUGGUUGUUUGUUUGGAUUUUUUUUUGUCCUGAAAUGUUUGUAGCUUUUUGUUUAUUUUGUUGAUAAUAACACAAAUAAUGUUCAUUUUCUCUGGAAUUUCAAAACUGUGGCUUGUUAAAGCAUAUUUGUUAUAUUAUUGAUUAAAAGAAAGUAAAGUAA